AUGGCACGAGGCUCAAAGCGCACUCUUGAGGAAAUCGCCAAUCACGAAGAAUCGGACGAUGAUGACUAUGAUGAUCACGCCCGUAGUCCCGCCAAGAAAUCCCGCUCCUCGAAAAAUAAGCAACCUCGGGCAUCUGGGAACCCUCACAAGAAACCGCGUCGGGAGUAUGGUGAUUCUGACAUCGAUAGCGACGAUGACGACCUAGUUCCCGAUGAUAGUGCAUCCGAAGAUGAUUUCGAGGACGAUGAACCAGAAACAAAUGAAAACGGACGCCCAAUGCGAAGAACGGCAAAAAAGGCUGUCAAGUACGAGGAAGAAGACACUGAUGAGGACGAAAGUGACAGAUCCGCUUCAGAGAAACCCAAGACACCGAUUCGGAAAUCUGCACGCAAGAAGCUGAUCAUUACACUCAGGACGACUCCGCGACCUAUACGCUCAACGAGGAAGAGGAGCGACAGUUACGCUGGCAAGCACGCCCUGCGUUCCCCUUCUGUACCUCAACCAACAGGUACACGGAGGAGCAGCCGUCUUUCUCAUGAUGAUGAGGAGGGAAUCUUCGCCCUGACGAACUCAGGAAAACAUGUGGAAGUCAUACGAGCUGGCUCCCGUGACCCUGAGGACCUCCCUCCAAGAUCUACAACAGGUGGGAAAGGCCUGAAAUACCCGUCUAAAAGUACCAUCGAUGAAGAACCAGAAUCAGUGCCGAAAGAUGAAGCCGCUGGAGAGGAAGAGGAAGAGGCCGACGAAGAGCUGGAGAUAAAGGCUUCACAGCACGAACUUCUUGAGAGUGAUCCGCCCUUACCUGGGGAGAAUGAUGCACACAUUCCUCAAGUCGUCUCAGAUCUCCAGGAAUAUGCGGCCACACAAAGUGAAGGCGGGGGUGAAGAUGCUGCACAUGAGCCCUCCGAAGAAAACCCAGACCAAGCUGAGGACGACGAAGAGGAUGAGAUCAUUCCACGCGGACGACCUAAGCGAUCGUCGACAAAGAGACAGGAAAAUUCGCCACCUGCAGACGCUGGGCAGCAAGAUCUAACGCAUCUACGUGUCCGGAAUCUUCGAAGCCGUGCCAACGAUGGCACCUCUGGAAGUCGGCGCCGGAAAGCACAGGAGGAAAGCAGCGAUUUUGAUCCUGAAGAAGAACCCCAACAUCUGGACGAAAUGUCAACUUCUGGAGAAUCCGAUGCAUCACCACGUAAGAACAAUCGUGGGGAUGGUGAUUAUGAAAGUAGCAACGCUGGCAGGCGGUCAACACGACUGCGGAGCAAAGCCGUGUCCCGCCAGAUGUCUGACGCUAGCGAGGAGCUCGCUGCAGAAGUUGCUGAACUUAAGAGAGCUGGCCGGAAAACAAGACGUGAACGCGAAGAGAUCAUCUUCGAACCACGCCGACGCCGAGCUGGGAAGCAACCAAAUUACGACUUGCUUCGAAGCCUGGCGCCCAUCGAGGAUGAGGAAGCACCUGCAGCACCCUCUCCUUCACAACGAGCGCGUAAACCUGGUGCUGGCAGCUGGCAAAGAAGUCUCUUCAAUACUUAUGGUCCAUUUGGAGGUGGUGGAGGUGCUGCACCUGUCCUCGGUGGGUCAGUAGCUCGAGCACAGGGCGGAGUAGACUCUGACAGCAGUGACGAUGAAGGUGCGAGGCAACCAGGUGGUGUAGGCGGUGCCAUUGGCAUGACUCCAACGACAGCUGGACCACUCAAUCUAUUCCCCCAGACACACAAUGCAGAUCCCGCCCAGGCUGCCGGAGGUACUCCUGCAAACCUUGGUAAACUCAAGGACAAGCAGGCCCUUGCAGAUGCAGAUCCUUUGGGAGUUGAUCAGAAUGUCAAUUUUGACAGUGUUGGGGGAUUGCAAGGUCACAUCGACCAACUCAAAGAAAUGGUUGCACUCCCACUUCUCUACCCUGAGAUCUUUAUGCGUUUCAAAAUCACUCCUCCCCGAGGCGUCCUGUUCCACGGUCCACCUGGAACUGGAAAGACUCUACUCGCACGAGCUUUGGCAACAAGUGUCAGCUCGCAAGGCCGAAAGGUCACGUUCUACAUGCGCAAAGGUGCCGAUGCCCUCAGCAAGUGGGUGGGUGAAGCUGAACGACAACUGCGCUUGCUUUUUGAAGAGGCUAGGAAAACUCAGCCGAGCAUCAUCUUCUUUGACGAAAUUGAUGGCCUAGCACCCGUCCGAUCAAGCAAACAGGAACAAAUUCACGCUUCGAUUGUGUCGACUCUUCUUGCGCUGAUGGAUGGCAUGGAUGGUCGAGGACAGGUCAUCGUUAUUGGUGCAACUAAUCGUCCUGACUCAAUUGAUCCUGCGCUACGUCGCCCUGGUCGAUUCGACCGCGAGUUCUAUUUCCCGUUGCCUGGUACUGAAGCUCGUCGUGCCAUCAUCGACAUUCAUACAAAAGAGUGGAAGCCAGAACUAGACCCUGCCAUCAAGAACGAGCUUGCGAUGUUGACGAAGGGGUAUGGCGGAGCGGAUCUGCGAGCGCUCUGCACCGAAGCUGCUCUGAAUGCCGUUCAGCGGCGGUAUCCACAGAUCUACAGUUCUGUCGAAAAGCUCAAAAUCGAUCCACAAACAAUCGAAGUUACACCCAAGGACUUCAUGAUCUCAAUCAAGAAAAUGACCCCAUCAUCCGAAAGAUCAACUUCCUCAGGUGCUUCUCCGCUUCCAGAAAGUGUUGCACCUCUACUUCAGAAGAAUUUUGAAGAGAUCAGAACAUUACUGUCAGAGGUUCUACCACAAAAGAAGACCUUGACUGCUCUGGAAGAGGCUCAGUUUGAAGAUGUGUAUGAUGGCCAAGGAUUCGGCAAAGAGAAAAUGCAGCAAGCAUUCGAAACCUCCAGAGUAUUCCGACCACGACUUCUUAUCCAUGGCAAGCUCGGAAUGGGCCAACAGUAUUUGGCAGCUGCAUUGCUGAACCAUUUCGAAGGUCUCCAUGUGCAAUCCUUUGAUCUUCCAACAUUAUUGAGUGAUACUACAAGUACUCCAGAAGCCACGGUAAUCCGACUUUUCACCGAGGUCAAGAUGCACAAGCCCAGUGUGAUUUACAUUCCCAAUGUGCAAGAUUGGUACAGCACUGUAGGCGCUACCGUCAUCUCUACCUUCCUCGGACUGCUGAGGUCAAUCAAGCCAACAGAUCCAGUUCUUCUUCUAGGCCUAGUGGAAGGUGAACAGGACGAACUUGAUGAGAGCAUGCGUCGCGAACUUUUUGGAUACUCAAAGCGCAAUCAGUAUGAACUGAAAAAGCCAGGCCACUCUGAGCGGCUCGCAUUCUUCCAAGGACUGCAGGACUAUAUAAGGACAGCGCCUCCUGAUUUCCCCAAUCCAACCAAUCGUAAGAAGAGGCAGCUCGAAAAGUUGGACGUGGCACCUCCUGAGCCUGAGAAGUCUCAAACGCCAUUGUCGAAGGAGGAGCUCAAGGCUCAAAAGAAAAAAGACCGCCAGACCCUCAAUAUGCUGAAAAUUCGACUCCAGCCAAUAAUGGACCAGAUACGAACGAGACACAAGAAGUUUCGCACUGGCGUGAUUGAUGAGAGUCAGAUCCGUUACCUCUUCGAGGAGGCCGAUCCUGGCACAGUGACAUCUGACCUUCACCACGAGAUUCUUGCCCGGGCGUCCUUCAGACCUUUUGAGAUCGGAAAAGAUGCACAUGGAACAGUUGGCUUGCUCGAUCAGGCUAAUGGCAACUUUUAUUAUAAUCUUGAUUCGGUGACCAUCGAGAAGCGACUCAGCAAUGGAUAUUACAAGCGACCGAAAGAUUUCCUAGCUGAUAUCAAGCGACUAGCAAAAGAUGCAAAGGCGAUUGGGGACGAAGAUCGGCUGUUGAAAGCCAACGAGCUGUUAGCUAACGUUGAGGUUGAUAUAGGAUCGAUCGAGUUUGGUGAGCCUGCAUUCGCUGCAGAGUGUGAACGCGUCUAUCAAAGAGAGCUCACCAGAGAAAAGGAGGCCAUGGAGAAGGCACGGCUUGAAGCUGAGCAGAAUCGAGAUAUGCCACCACCACAGGUGAUAUCAAAUGUCCCGCAUGGGAACUCCGGUCCUUCAGCAACGACGACUUCGACCACCGGCCCUAUCUUACUUGGGGAACCAAUGGUCCGACAUCAUGAUUUUGCAGAGCGCCUGUUGCCGACAGUUCCCUCGGCCGAAGACUCCACCGACUCAGUAAUGACAAACGGAGUGCAUCAUGGGCAUGAUCAUGAACAUGAGCCCGUGACCAAUGGCUCUAGUUCGAAUCAUGGCGCGGACGCUGAGGAAGAUACGCCAAUGGGAGGUACUGACGCUGAUGCUCACGAGUCUAAUGACAAGAGCAAUGAGACACAGCCCACGCAGACCACUAGCUCAUAUGACAACCGCGAAUCUGCCCAGCCACGACCUUUCCAUGCCUAUACUGCUCCAUCUCAACACCUGAUGAAAGAGUCUGGCAUGUCUGCACCCCGGUCUCAAACAGGUCCUUUCACACCCAUGCCAGCAGGAAGUAUAGCGGCAGAAUUCCAAAAUGAUGCAAGCACUACUCAGUCUUCGGACAAGAGGAUGUCAUCCGGUGACAGGGAACAAGGAAACACUCAAGGUUCAGGCCCUAAUUUAUACAUGCUGGAAGAGCGCCGCUCAGCAGGCGUAGGCAGUGAUAUCCCGGAUACCCAAGAUAACCCAUUAUACUCACAAGGUUCACCUCCCAGCGAUAAUGCUACUCACCUUCGACCGAUAGAUCAGCCAUCCUCGUCGCAAGGUCAACAGGGGCUUUCUCAGCCUCCAGUGCCUCCAUUCGAUGCCCAUACAAGUACACAGCAGACCCAUCGACCGAGCUCACAGAUCUUGGACCUCCUCAACCCAUCUCCCCAACCAAACCUCAUUCAGGUCGAGCAACGUAACUUGACUAACUUCCAAAUGGAGGUGGCAGAUAAGACUACUGGUCUUAGCGUGGAACAGCUUGAACAGGUUAAUAGUGUUUUGAUGGACACAUUGUGGCAGACAAGGGGUGAAUGGGAUCGCGGAAAGGUGCUUGCGGAAGUGGGCAAGGCCUUCAACAAUGUUAUGACAGACAUGCAAGAGUCAGGGCAGGACUUUGGCCCGAGCAGCUGGGGCCGCAAAAAUCAAGUGAUCGCAAAACUGUACAGACUGACUAUUGUUCUCACUGCUCUCCUUGUGCCUCUCGCACACUGCCUGCGUUCUUUUCUGACAUGGUCAAACUAUGCUCCUGUCACCGCUACGUGCCCAUCCACUCCACUCAUCCGAAAUGCUGAAGGACUCUGCGCUGAUGAAUACUUCUAUCAAUUCGGACGCCGCCGGCUUGCCAACAGAGCAUUCCGCCGCUUCAUACAAGGGAUCAAUCACGGUGUGGCAGAAGGUGAAAUAUUCAAUUACAAUAGCACUCCCGUGAUUGCACUUGCUUCGAGUGGUGGUGAAUUGCGAGGUUUCCUCUCUGGUGCUGGUGUUAUGCAAGCAUUCGAUGCGCGAGAUUCUGAAGACAGUGACAAAGGUGUCAAAUACCUCUACCAGGCCGCCUCAUACCAUGUUGGCUUAGACUGUGGUGCUAUGCUCGUAGCUGCUCUUGCAGGCAACGACAACUGGACCGUUUCGGACCUAUACCGCAAUAUUUGGAGUUCUGAUUUCACCAAUCCUGAUUUUCUGCCUGACAACAUAAACAAAGGGCAAGCCUAUGGCCGUAUGGCCGUAUGGCUUUGGCGAUGGCCGCUAAAGAAUUGA